GAGGCAUUUAUGGAGCAUAGAAGCCCAAAGAAUUUUGUGCUUUCAAAAUCUAAUGUCAUUAGAAAUUCAUAACUGUGGCAACUUGACAAAUAUAUUUACUCUUUCGAUGGCUAUGGGGCUUGUAAGUCUACGUUGGAUGAAAAUAAAGGGGUGUGCUUUGGUAGAAGAAAUCAUCACAAAAGAAGAAGAGCAGGAAGAAGGCUGGGAUAAAACUAUCUUCCCUUCUUUAUACUUCAUUGAUCUUGAGCAUUUGCCUAGCCUACAAUGUUUUUAUUCAGGAAGUGACAUUUUGGAAUGUCCGUCCUUGGAAGAUAUAUCUGCAGUUGACUGCCCAAAGAUGAAGAUACUUGCUUCCACAUUUUCAAGGGAACAAGAUUCAAGCAUGAAUGUAGAGGAAAACAAAGAAAGAAUUGGCGAAGGAGAUUCUGAUUUGCCUGCAGCACACGUUUUCAAUGGCAAGGUUGCAGUCCAAAGGUUACACAUACUGAGGGUGGCAUGGAGCGACUUGAUGGAGAUAUGGUGUCACAAAUUUCAAUAUAAGCUUAGUAGCAUUGAGCUGACUUGCUUUCCUGGCGAAAGUGCAAUUUUCCCUUCUGAUUUUUUUCAAAGGUUACCCAAUCUAAGGAUACUUGUUCUUUCUGAUUCCUUAAUUGAAGAAAUAUUCCUGCAUCAAGUGAGAACUGAUGAGCAUAGAUAUCUUCAGUUCCUAGAGCUGUCUAAACUACCAAAGCUCAAGCACUUGGCGGAGAAUGACUACUCGCAAACAAUCUCAGCAUUUCAAUUUUUGAAAAGUUUAAAAGUAGUAGAAUGUGGCAGGCUGAAAGUUUUAGUCCCAUCCUCAAUAUCUUUCCCAAAUCUGACAACUCUAACAAUAUCAAAAUGUCAUGGAUUAGUAAAUUUGAUACCUCUGUCAACAGCUAGAAGUCUGGGGCAACUCCAAAGAAUGAGUGUAAACGAAUGCGAAAUGCUACAACAAAUAAUAGCAAGUGAAGGAGAUGGAGUAGAAGAUGAGAUUUGUUUCAGCAAACUAGAAUAUUUGGAGCUUGAUUGUUUACCAUGCCUCGCAAGCUUCUGCUCUGGUAAUCAUGCCUUCAAUUUCCCGUCUUUGGAAGAAAUGAUUGUUAUAAAAUGCCCCAAGAUGAAGUUUUUUGCUCAAGGAGUAUUAAGCACAGCAAAGCUUUUAGGAGUACAAACAACGAGAUUUUCUGCAUUUAGUAUGGCAAAGCUUUUUGGACGACAAGCAAGAAGCUCUCGAAUGCUGAAAGAAGGUCGGCAAUGGAACGGCAACCUUAACGACAGAAUACAAGAGCUAUUCAUGGAAAUGAAUGAUGAAUAAAAUUGGCACAAAUUGGAUUGGAAUGAGGUUGAUGCUGUAGAUAGAUGCCAUUUGCUGGUGCAAUGGUUUCAUGGAUUUGAGAUUUUCCCAUUUUCCUUUUUGUUUACAUAUAAUAUAGUCAUGGAUUUCUACAGCCAUGUAUAUUUUCCCAAACUGCUAUUUUCCCACUUUCCAGAGUGCACAGAAAAACAAUGUGACUGUACCUUUUAAAUGUUUGAAUCUGUUGACUGUGAGGGAUUUUGUAGUGUAAAUUAUUGAGAAAGACAGUUGGAUAAUCUAAAUGUAGUAAAUAUGUGAAUAUUUGGUAAA